AGCCCAACAUAAGGAAAGAAAACGAACUUGAGUCUUGAAACGAGCCCACGGCAUCUCUGAUUCUUAACACCGUCCACAAGAACUCGCAAAUCCACCCCCUUACUCGCUCACGGUCACGGAAUCAAGAGAAGAGGAUGAGGAAGACAAUACUUGCAGCAAGCAGUGUUUGUCUAUGGUAAAAAAUGAUAAUAAAAGGGCUGUGCAGGAGAUAUGAAAGAUGGAACCCAGUGCAUCCAACAUCUGGAGCAUUUUGGGGUAUGGGGAUAGGCAUUGGCUGUGGUGUUGGAUGGGGUCCUGGGUUUGGUCCAGAAGCAAUUGGGUAUGUUGGUGCUGGUUGUGGUGUUGGAUUUAGUGUGGGCAUCACUUUUGUUGGUUUUGGUAUCGGGCUUCCUGCUAAUUACCUCUUUCAAGUCCCUUAUAAUGCUAUUGUGGCAACAAGAAGUGGCGCAUUGGCGAUUGCCAAAUCAAAUGGUCUUCUUUCUGCCAGAGAUGUUGCGGGGGAAGGGUGGAAUAAUGUUGCAUCUCGCGCUUCUCUAUUGCAAAGAGAAACCAGUGGAAGGUUGUCUAGCUUUAAUAAGAAGCUUUUAUUGGAUAAUGGGGUUGACUUGGUUGACAUGAAGAGCAAACUGUCUGUCAAUGCUGGAUCGUUGUCGAAAGUCUUGGAAACAUUUUCCAGUCGAUUCUUUCCUCCUGGAAAAGGUACGGAAGAUUGACAUGGCAGAGCGCUUGACCAUUAUAAGCAUAAUGGCUUGAAAAAGUUGUAAGCGCUGUUACCAUUAUAAGCAUAGUGGCAUUACCAUCAAUUGAAAAGAAAACAGUAAUUUUUCCCUCCUUUCUGUUUGCUCGUCUUGGUUGUGCUUUGGCAACAUAAAUGAGAGGUCCUAUCAUGCCCCCCUUCCUCUUUUAUUAACUGUCUCACAUACUAAAUUUGAACCCUUUUUUUGUCAUAUUCUUUUUGAAAAGCUCAAAGGGGUGCCUAACCUUGUCCUGUGCCUCAAUAUCCUCUUGAAAGAAAAGGAGAUACUGAGAAAGAAAAGCUAGCUCUCUUCAGUUUUUUUCUAUGGAUUUUGCAGGUUGUAUCAGCCAGACAAACGAGAACACACAAGCUAAGUUUACUGCUAGAGCCGUGUGCUAGAUUACUACUUCAGCUGUCUUCUAUAACAACAUUAAACAAACAGGAAAAAAAAGACCUGCAUACCAUCUUGUUUUUGUUGCUUGUUAGAGACCUGAUUUGUGUGAUAACCAACGCAGAAUAUUCUUACAUUUCCAGUAAAGCAAAGCUUCAUUUUCUGUUU